AUGGCCACGUUAAUAGAAAAACUCAGUAGCAAUUUCCCUGGCAUCCUUCCUCCUGAGCAGCGGCCAUGGUGCACACCCCUGAUGCACGCAGUGUCUGGGCGGCAGGUGGACACGGCAAAGCUGCUGCUGAAGAUGGGGGCCAACGUCAACAGCCAGGACGCCGAGGGCCGCACCAGCCUGUGCCUGGCCGCCUACCUGGUGAGGCUGUGUGCCUGCCGCCUACCUGGUGAGGCUGUGUGCCUGCCGCCUACCUGGCUGCUCACGGUGCUGGUGCAGCAGUGCGACCGCAGCGAGGUCAACCACCAGGACAGCGAGGGAAUGACCCCCCUCCACUGGGCGGCCUUCCACAACCAGCCUCAGCACACCCAGGUCCUGCUGAGGCGGGGGGCCGACCCCACCCUGGUGGACAAGGACUUCAAGACGGCUCUGCACUGGGCGGUGCAGAGCGGGAACAGGCUGCUGUGCUCCAUCAUCCUGAGCCACCACCAGGGCCCGUCCAUCAUCAACUGUGACGACGAGAGCGGGAAGACCUGCGUGCACAUGGCCGCGGCCGCGGGCUUCAGCGACAUCAUCACCGAACUGGCCCGCGUCCCCGAGUGCAAUCUGCAGGCUCUGGACGUGGACGACAGAUCCAUGGAAAGUACCCUCGGGCACCCGCGGAUUCACAACAGCAAACACCUAACUGAGCACGGCCAUGCCUGUGUGUUCACUGUAGAAGGGAAUGCGGUCACACUCCUCCGGUUCAAGGCCCCACAACCCCCUGGGCCCGAUGCCCGUCUCUCCGACAUGCACUGCAAGCCCUGCCGGCACCUGCCCUCUGAGCUCCAGACUCAGGUGCUCCCACCACGCAGCAGCCGCACGCGAAUUCCCCUCCGUGUGUUCAUGGUCAUUCUCCUCCCUCGCUCGGUCCCUCCACGGCCAAGCUUCCCACAUCUCUCCCCAAACAGACCCACGAUCAGGGACUUGCCCUUCGCCCGGAGCAGCCUGGCCCCCCUGGCCGACCAGAAAUUUCUGUCCGGAGAGCCCCUGCGGACGACCCGCGUGCUCCCCGCCAUCCCCAGCCAGCGGGGCCACGGGCAGAAUGACCUCCGCCUCCUCGAGACAGUCCCACAGCCAUGA